AGGAUCAUGGCGGAUGGCCCCAGGUGUAAGCGCAGAAAGCAGGCGAACCCGCGGCGCAAUAACGUUACAAAUUAUAAUAAUGUGGUAGAAACAAAUUCGGAUUCAGAUGAUGAAGAUAAACUACAUAUUGUGGAAGAAGAAAGUGUUACUGAUGCAGGGGAUUGUGAUGCUAGUGUGCCAGAAGAUGAUUUGCCAACAGACCAGACAGUGUUACCAGAAAGCCAUGAACAGGAAGGAAGUGCCAGCAGUUGCUGGGAAGAUGAUGGAAAGGAAGGAAAAGAAAUCCUGGGGCCUGAAGCUCAGGCAGAUGAAGCUGGAUGUGCAGUAAAAGAGGAUGAAUGUGACUCAGAUGCAGAAAAUGAACAAAACCAUGAUCCUAAUGUGGAAGAAUUCCUGCAACAAGAAGCUACAGCUGUUAUCUAUCCUGAAGCACCCGAGGAAGACCCGAGGCGAGGCACCCCCGAAGCUAGUGGUCAUGAUGAAAAUGGGACACCCGAUGCAUUUUCUCAGCUUCUCACCUGCCCAUAUUGUGACCGAGGCUACAAACGCUUUACCUCCCUGAAAGAACACAUUAAAUAUCGCCAUGAAAAAAAUGAGGACAACUUUAGUUGUUCCCUGUGCAGUUACACGUUUGCAUACAGAACACAACUUGAACGUCACAUGACAUCCCAUAAAUCAGGAAGAGAUCAAAGACAUGUGACCCAGUCUGGGGGUAACCGGAAAUUCAAGUGCACAGAAUGUGGAAAAGCUUUCAAGUACAAACACCACCUUAAGGAGCACUUAAGGAUCCACAGCGGAGAGAAGCCAUAUGAAUGCCCAAACUGCAAGAAACGUUUUUCCCAUUCUGGUUCCUAUAGCUCACACAUCAGCAGUAAAAAAUGUAUCGGUUUGAUGCCUGUGAACGGCCGUUCAAGAACAGGGCUCAAGCCAUCACAGUGCUCCUCCCCUUCUCUGUCAGCAUCACCGGGCAGUCCCGCGAGGCCUCAGAUACGGCAGAAGAUUGAAAACAAGCCCUUGCAAGAACAGCUUCCAGUAAACCAAAUUAAAACGGAACCUGUGGAUUAUGAAUUCAAACCCAUCGUGGUUACUUCAGGAAUCAACUGUUCAGCCCCUUUACAGAAUGGGGUUUUCAGUGGCGGUAGCCCCUUACAGGCUACCAGUUCUCCUCAGGGUGUGGUGCAAGCUGUUGUCCUCCCAACAGUAGGUUUGGUGUCUCCCAUAAGUAUUAACUUGAGUGACAUUCAAAAUGUACUCAAAGUGGCAGUCGACGGUAAUGUUAUACGGCAAGUUUUGGAGAACAAUCACGCCAAUCUUGCAUCCAAAGAUCAGGAAACAAUCAGCUCGCCAGCCAUACAGCCAGGUGGCCAUUCCCUCAUCUCCGCUAUUAGUCUUCCUUUGGUUGACCAGGAUGGAACAACCAAAAUCAUCAUCAACUACAGCCUUGAGCAGCCUGGUCAGCUUCAGGUUGUUCCCCAGAACCUGAAAAAAGAAAACUCAGUCCCCAACAACAGUUGCAAAAGUGAAAAGUUGCCCGAAGACCUUACGGUGAAGUCUGAGAAGGAUAAGCACUUUGAAGGGGGCGCCGAAGACAGCACUUGCCUUCUGUGUGAGGACUGCCCAGGAGAUCUGAAUGCACUUCCAGAGCUAAAGCACUAUGACCCAAAGCAGCCUGCUCCGUCUGCUCAGCCCAGCACCCCCGAAGCUGAGAAGUCUGAGCCCCCUGUCCCGACAGACCCUGUAGAGGGUCGCUUGUCUCCCAGUCAGCCACCCCUAAAAAACCUCCUGUCUCUCCUCAAAGCGUACUAUGCUCUCAAUGCACAGCCAAGUGCAGAAGAGCUCUCCAAAAUUGCCGAUUCAGUAAACCUGCCCUUGGAUGUAGUGAAGAAGUGGUUUGAAAAGAUGCAAGCUGGACAGAUUUCAGUCCAGCCUUCAGAACCGUCCUCCCCUGACCCAGGCCAAGGGAACGUUCCUGCCGAUGACAACGAUCCAUCAGGACCUGCCAACACUGACGAGCCCCAGGACAGCACAACGACUUCAAAGAGUCCCAGGAAGGUGACGAAGUCUCCCGUUUUGCCAGCAGGGUCAUCUCUGAACGGCUCCAGAAGUCGCACGCCAUCCCCAUCACCACUCAACCUUUCUUCAUCCCGAAACACACAGGGUUACUUGUACACAGCAGAAGGGGCCCCCGAAGAGCCACAGGUCGAACCUCUUGAUCUUUCACUACCAAAGCAACAUGGAGAAUUAUUGGAGAGAUCCACCAUCACUAGUGUUUACCAGAACAGUGUUUAUUCUGUCCAGGAAGAGCCCUUGAACUUGUCAUGUGCAAAAAAGGACCCGCCAAAGGACAGUUGUGUGACAGACUCAGACCCAGUUGUAAAUGUGAUCCCACCAAGUGCCAACCCCAUAAAUAUCGCCAUCCCCACCGUCACUGCCCAGUUACCUACAAUCGUUGCCAUUGCUGACCAGAACAGUGUUCCAUGCUUACGAGCACUCGCUGCCAAUAAGCAGACCAUCCUGAUUCCCCAGGUGGCAUAUACGUAUUCUACUACGGUCAGCCCUGCAGUCCAAGAACCGCCUGCAAAGAUGACCCAGCCUAAUGGAAAUCAGGAUGAAAGGCAAGACACUAGCUCAGAAGGAGUAUCAAAUGUGGAGGAUCAGAAUGAUUCUGAUUCUACACCACCAAAAAAGAAAAUGCGCAAGACAGAAAAUGGAAUGUACGCCUGUGAUUUGUGUGAUAAGAUAUUCCAGAAAAGCAGUUCACUAUUAAGACAUAAAUAUGAACAUACAGGUAAACGACCUCAUGAGUGCGGAAUCUGCAAAAAGGCAUUUAAACACAAGCAUCAUUUAAUCGAACACAUGCGACUGCAUUCUGGAGAAAAGCCUUAUCAAUGUGACAAAUGUGGAAAACGCUUCUCACACUCGGGGUCUUAUUCACAACACAUGAAUCAUCGCUACUCCUAUUGCAAGAGAGAGGCCGAGGAACGUGAUGGCACAGAACAGGAAGAGACGGGAUCAGAAGCCCUGACUCACGAGCAUGCUGGUGCCAGGGCGUCUCCCUCCCAGAUGGACUCAGAUGAGAGAGAGAGCUUAACAAGGGAAGAAGAUGAGGAUAGUGAAAAAGAGGAAGAUGAAGAGGAGGAAAAGGAGAUAGAGGAACUUCAGGAAGAAAAAGAAUGUGGAAAACCACAAGAGGAGGAGGAGGAUGAGGAAGAGGAGGAAGAGGAGGAGGAGGGAGAAGGAGCAAACACUGAAGGUACUGGGAAGGACGAAGAGGCCGUCGAUGGAGCUCACAGUGUAGAACAAGAAGUCACAGAGAAUGGUGAACGAGGAUCAAAAGAGAAGACAAAGGAAGCCUGAUCGUAUUUUUCCUAAAAGGAAAAUAAAUUCUUACUGGUAAUGAAGUUUGUUCUAUACUAUACAUGCUUUUCAUGGAAACAUGGUAGCUUGCAUACCAUGAUUUCUCUUCACUACUGUGUAAAAAAAAAAAAAAGUUAAAAAAAAAUACAAAAACCCACAAAAAAAAAAAUAUCCAGGUGUGCCUGAACCUCAAACCUAGUAAUUUUUCACGCAAUUUUCAAAGUUAGGAACAAGUUUGUAACAUGAAGCAGAUUAGAAAAAUAUAGUGACUCUGAAAGCAAAGAUUUAACAGGUUGAAGGAAACCUGAUUUAUUAGACAAGCAUCUGGCAUCAUUUUCUUUUAUCAGUAUUAAUUUUUCAUUCUUUUGUUGGUUAAUUUUUGAGCUGUACAAUUGGGAGAGAUUUAUAUAAUUUUUUAUUGGUAAAACAUUUGCUAAAUCCGCUUCAGUAUUUUAUUAUGUUUUUUAAAAUGUGAGAACUUCUGCACUACAAAAUUCCCUACCCAGAAGUACGAUGCAGUUCCAAACCGCGCUGGCUACCUUCUGUCACGUCUGUCUCAGAGGUGGUCCAUGUCUAACAUUUAGAUGCUGUAGUAGAGCAUUUUAUCAUUUCAAGUGUGGUGUUAGCCUUCAGAAAGCAGCCCAUAGAAGAACUGAAGUUUCUUACUUAUGUGGUUUAAAAUGUAGUUUAAAAGAUUGUCGUUGAGUUCUGAUUGCAGGGACUAACAGUGUUAAUACUGGUAAGGACAGCGAAGUCGUCAAAAAUCAGUGUUUGUAAUUGUGUUUGAGUAUGUAGUAACAAAUAUGAAGGAUAUGAUAUGAAGCUUUGUAUCUCCUUUGGCCUUAAGCAAGACCUGUGUGUGCUGUAAGUGCCAUUGAUCAGUAUUUUAAAGGCUCUAGCCGGCCUUGUUCAAUGUGUGGCCUACAAUAACUAGCAUUUGUUGAUCUGUAUCAAAGUUCUGAAAUGAAAUGUCAGAACACCAAUUCUGUCAUUAGAGAAACAAAAUCCCUGGAACAUUUCAUCCUUUAAUUACUCAGUAUUCAUUUUGGGUUAAUUGACUUUCAGAAUUUCUCUUCAGUAAUGACAAGGGAAAAUUUCUAAUCUGCUCUAUCCAUUGGUUUUAAUUUCAGACACAAACACUUCAUCAUUAUUUGGCUCAUAACUGUUUCCAAAUGUUAGUUAUUAUGGACCCCAUUUAUUAACAAAGUUAGCUGAUUUGUACCUAUCAGUAUUAUUUUUAUUUCUUUUAGUUUAUAGAUCUGUGCAACAUUUUUGUACUGUAUGUCUUCGAACCUCGCAGUAUUAAUACCCUUCUUACUGACAUAUGUACCUUUUUAGUUUUAGAAAACUUUUAUAUUUAUGUGUCUUAUUUUUAUAUUUCUUUAUUUAUUACACAGUGUAGUGUAUAAUACUGUAGUUUGUAUUAAUACAAUAAUAUAUUUUAGUAUGAAAAUUUGGAAAGUUGAUAAGAUUUAAAGUAGAGAUGCAAUUGGUUCUCUUGCAUUGAGAUUUGAUUUAACAGUGUUAUGUUAACAUUUAUACUUGCCUUGGACUGUAGAACAGAAGAUUAAAAUGGGAAUGUAUUAGUUUUACAAUUACAAUCAAGUCAUUUUACCUUUACCCAGUUUUUAAUAUAAAACUCUUAAAUUUUGAAAUUCACCGUGUGACUAAUCGCAUGAUGCUCUGCAGUUUCAUUAAGGGAUUAGCCCGACCAUAAAGCUCUCAUUUCCUUAGAAAGCCAAACUAGAAUAACCUUCUAGAAACAGCAUUGGGAACAAUGUCUAACAGUUCUGUGCCAAUUUGUUCCUGUAUUCAUGUAUGUAAGUUACAAAUCUGAAUCUUCAUUUUUAAGUUCCGCCAUGUUGUUACAUCAUGGUCAUUUUCUAGUUUUUUACCAGACUCCCCCAUCUCACAAUAAAAUGCGUCAACAAGCCUGA